AGAGCGUUGGGGAGAGCAGUGAGGCAGCACCUCUCGAUUCAGCUCCAGUGGUCCCGGUCCCAGCUCCGGUCGGUUCCAGCUCCAGUCGGUUCCAGUUCCAGCUCCAGCCUGUUCCAGCUCCAGCCGGUUCCAGCUCCAGCGCCAGCCGGUUCCAGCUCCAGCUCCAGCUAGUUCCAGAUCCAGCCAGGCUGCUCUAGAGCCCAGCUGCUGAACAAUGGCUUUAUCUAAGCACCAGAGUAAGAAAGAGAAGGCCCUGCCCAUUUUCCAGGAGGGGGAGAGGGUGCUCACCUUCCAUGGGUCCUCACUGCGGGAGGCUGUGUGUGUCCGCAUGGCCAUAGAAGAUAGGCGAGUGAAGUACCUGGUGCGCUACAAGUCCGAGGGCGUGAUGGGCAUGGGAAUGGGGCUGAGCCGGGUUUCACCAGGGGCUGCGGCCUAUCCCGACACCCUGCCAGGGCCCAGCAGCGGCAGCAGUACUAGCGCAGGCCCAGAGAGUAGCUCAGGAGGGGCCAGCAGCAGCGUCUGCCCCGAGGGUCCCAGCACAAGCAGUGCUGCCAUCCCUAGUACCAGUUAUGCCAUACCUGGCCCCAGCAGUGUGGGGCCUAGCGCGGGUCCCAGUACUAGUGAGCAUCUCGGCACCUUAGCUGGCUGGGACUACGAGUGGAUCCCCGAGAGCCGUGUGCUUCGUUACAGUAGCCCCAGUGGGAAGGAUAGUGAUGGGGAUGAUGGGUCUGCCGAUGAUUCCUCAACCGCGUCUUCUGGGGGCUGUGGCCAGGCCUCCGACAUGGGGGAGGGUGGCAGCCAUGGGGAUGGAGAGGGAGCGGAAGCCAGUGUGGCACAGCUGCCACUCAGUCGCCUGGGCCUUGGGCCCACCAAAAAGAUAUACGUGAAAAAGCGGGAAGUCAAAGUGACCCUGCCCGAUGGCCUGAAGCCCCUUCUCGUUAAAGACUGGGAGCUGGUGAACCAUGGCAAAAAGCUCUUUAAGCUGCCGGCCAAGAGGUCAGUGGAUGCCAUCCUAGCUGAGUAUGCUGUUAUCCAGCAAAAUUGUGUGGUCCUUAGCAAGCGGUAUGCCGUCCAAGAUUUGGUGGCGGGAAUCAAAGAGUAUUUCAACGUGAUGCUGGGCACUCAGCUGCUCUACCAGUUCGAGAGGCCCCAGUACACAGAGAUCCUGGCCUGCCACCCCAAUGUGCACAUGUCCCAGAUCUAUGGGGGCGCCCACUUGCUGCGCCUCUUUGUGCAGAUUGGCUCCAUGCUGGCCUACACCUCCCUUGAUGAUAGCAGCCUCACUCUGCUGCUGGGCCACAUGCACGAUUUCCUAAAAUACUUAGCCUGCAACCCCUCGGCAGUGUUCACUGUUGCCGACUACCAGGCGGCCUCAGCCGAGUACCAGCAGAGAGCCCAGUGAGUGCAAGGGCAGGGGAGCGGGGCUGGGUUUGCUCAGCCAAGCAGCCUCCGAAGACCGUUUGUUACUUUGUUUCAUGUUGUGUUCCUCUAGAGGGGGAGGGCCUUUCUCUUCUUGCAAAGCCUUUGGGAGCGUGCCCAGACUUUAGAGAUUAGAGAUUGUAUAGAACUGAAUAGAGCUUGCCUUGUAACUUCAGAGCGUUUGAAUUCUGUAACAUCGUAGCUCUGUGCCUGCCUUAAUGCUCAGGGACCUUGAAGUCCCCAUGACCUUGUCUUGGUGCUCAGCAACCCCAGAUCUCAGUGUACUAGUGACACGGAGUGCCUCCUGCCCAAAGACCCCCAAAGCCCGGGGACUUCAUCUUUGCGUUUAGCGCCUGAUGGGACUGAGAUGAGCAAAGAUGAUGCACCUGUGACCUCUGCUUGGCGACCAGAGACUCUGAAAAGCUGGCCUUUGUCUUCCUCGGCCACCGUCACCUCCCUCUGUGUACCUUCAGCGACUAAAGACCCGAAACACGUGGGACUUGGUGGGAAUGUUCAGUGGCUGAAGGCCACUGAUGCCCAAGACUUAAGCUUACUUCCAGUUAGGAGUGUAUACAGUAACAGACAUAGACAACACCUUGUAACCUUAGAGCGGGUAUUGCGGUUGACCAACACGGUUUGCAUUCUGUAACAUCACUGCUUUUCUUACUUGUCUUAAUGCUCGAGGACCAAAAGGACCUUGAAAUACCUACCUGUGACCUUGUCUUACUCCAUGCCAGAAACUGUUCCCUUUAUUGGCCAAAAACCUUGAUGUACCUGCUCACGUAAUGCUUAGUGACUAGAUUUGAAACACCUGAGAUUUGGGGUUAAUGUUUAGUGGUUUGAAACCUUGAUCCCUGAUGCCGAAGAUUUCCCAGCUUACCGCUCCCCCCCCCCUCCCCCGCCGAUUUUUCAUUCAGCCCUUAAGGUUCCCUGGCCAUGUGCACCCAAACUCUUCUCCCACAAGCCUCGUCUCUGUGGUCACUAGACCUCAAUCCCCAGAGCUGAAGAUUUCCCAGUUUAUCCCCCCCCCCCGCCCCCACCAAUCCCCCUCCGGUUGUUCAUUCAGCCCUUAAGGUUCCCUGGCCAUGCACCUCUUCUCUCUGUGCCCUAGUUCUGAUAUUUUCCCUGUUGAUCCCAAUGGCGGUAGAAGGAAAGUGUUAGAUUUGCUAUUGACACGUUCUCCAGGAAGCUUUUGCCAAGCUGUUCCACAAGUCUUGACAAUAAAUUGGUUUUUGCUUA